CCGCUCUGCCCAAUCAGCGCGCGCCAGAGCCACGAGUGACGGCAGAAGCAGCCAAUCGCAGCCAGCGGCGGGCUCUGCACACGGCACGGCCUCGCCUGCCUUGGGCUGAGCUCCGCCAUUUCUCGUUCGCCUGGGCUGAGGAGCGGCCCCGGCGCUGGGCCCGGCCCGGGCAGGAGGCCAAGGAAGCGCCGCUGCGCUGAAGCGCCGGGAGCUCGGGGUGCCCGGGAGCUGAGGGCGCUGCGAACUGGGGGAUUUUUCAUUCCCAAACUGAGGCCAGAUGGAGGAGGAGGAAAAGCCCCAGAGAUCCCACACAAGGAGGGUCUGCAAACCCAGCCCAAGGAGCUGUGAAGAGGAAAGAUCCCCCCAGUGCCAGGAAGGCGGCCGGAGAUCCAGCCAGAGCUCAGAGCUGGGGGAGAAGCCCCACAGGUGCUUGGAAUGUGGGAAGGGCUUCAGCCAGAACUCCCACCUGAUGCAGCACCAGGUGAUCCACACUGGGGAAAAGCCCUACGAGUGUGGGGAAUGUGGGAAGAGCUUCAGCCAGAGCUCCAGCCUGAGGAAACACCAGAGGAUCCACAUGGGGGAACGGCCCUACACCUGCUUGGAUUGUGGGAAGAGCUUUGGUCAGAGCUCCACCCUGACAAAUCACCAGCUCAUCCACACCGGGGAGAAGCCCUACGAGUGUCCCAAGUGUGGGAAGAGCUUCAACCGCAACUCCAUCCUCACCGUCCACCGGCGCAUCCACACUGGGGAGAGGCCCUACGAGUGUCCCCAUUGUGGGAAGAGCUUCUCACAGAGAUCUAACUUGACCCAACACCAACAGAGGCACCAGUAAGGGAAGCCCUGCGAGUGCCCCGAGUGCGGGAAGAGCUUCGUGCGCUGCUCCAGCUCCAUCCCCCAUGGGAGGAUCGGCAUUGGAUGAUCCCCAGUGACCCCCGUUGGGCAGAGCCCUGGUGAUCCAUGGUCCUGGUGAUCCGUGGUCCUGGUGAUCGGUGUUGGGAAGACACCUGGCUGGGAGGCUCCACAUCUUCCUGGCUCCCUGUGGGCACCUGGAUGGACACAGGAGCAGGAACAUCCAUUUGGACACAGAUCAACAAUGGGAAUUCCUUGGGGAAAGCAGAUUUGUUGACUUUCAAUCCCAGAAAACUGUUUGUUAAACGUAACAGAAUUCACAAGCCCUAUUUGUUAUACUUCAAGAUGUUGUUCUUCCCAACACCUCUCCUUCCUUUUCUUGGAAUUCAGCAUAAAGUUAGAGUCAAAAAGUUUUCCAAGUGCUCUUGCUGCGUGAGGCCACAUUGUGUCUUUCAUUCAGCAAUUAAUGAAGCAAACACAAAUUUUCUACUGAGACCCUUCUGCUCCCUUCCAAAUCACUACUCAAGAACAAGCCUCAGGCACAUGCCCAUAGUCCCUCUCUGCCAGCAGCUCCGAGCUGCAUUGCACAGUGCUUGCUGUGCCCCAGAGAGCACAAAGCAGGCUGGCCUGGUGCCCCUGAAUAUUUCUGCAAAACCCUCUGCAUUUCACACCUUUGCUCUGGCUCAGUGAAGAGCUCCAGGAUUGCAGGCGCUUGGUCCCAGAGCUGUGUGAGGCACUGGCUCGUGCAGAUGUGCCCUGACUUGCUGUCACUGCCUCACGCUGGGCUCGGUUCCCCUGGCAGAAAUGCCGUGCCUGAAGGACACUGCCCUGUGCUGGAGCCUGCGGAGCAGCCCGGCUCCCUCCCCCUGUGCCCAGAGUGCUGCACACACUGCUGACCAUUGCCAGGAGUUCCAGGGCAGGCGGCAGAAGAGCAGGAAUGGUCAGGCAGGGCACCAGCCCUGGGCUGCUCUUUGCCUUUCUCUCCUCCUGUGCAGACUCCAGACAGCCCAUGGCACCAGUGUGUGCUGUGCCCAGCACGGCGCCGCUUCCCCUCAGGAGCAGCCAGCUGCCAGCUUGGCUCUGAGAGCGGAGGAUUUGCCUGGUGCCAGCAAGAGGCAGCCAGGGCCAGGCUGCUGCCUCUUGCAGCUCCAAGGGCCUCCUUCCAGCCUGCCUCUGCCGAGGCUCAGGCUUCUCCGGGCUCUGCCAGGGCUCUGCUGGGGCUCCAGCCUGGCCAAGGCCGGGCCCGCUCUCACCUCACAGUCGCUGACAGCUCUGCACCACAGGAGACCUUGCACAGCACCCUCACUGCUCUUUCUGCUUUCUCUCUUCAGCCAGACUCUCCUCCAGCCAAAGAGAUUGCACUUAGGGAUACAAAUCCAAGUGGCAGGAACCCAAAUGUUCUCGAGUCACAUCUGCACAGCCUGCAUCUGCACAGGAUGUUUGCGUUGCACCGCUCCUCCUUUGGUUUUUCCUGCAAAUGCCAUUGCUGUUCGUGCCUCAAAUAGAAAUGCCAGAGCUGGGAAAUACUUGUCCAGUUGGCCAUAUUCCAAAGGCAGUGUGGCCUGGAGAGGAUGAAUGAAGAAGAGCCUUCCCCACUUACAAACCAUACCAAAGAAGCCAUCAAUGUCACUUUCCACCUUGUCCUGGGCGACUUUAUGAUACUUGUAUUCCCAGUCGCCUGGUUUAUGUUACAUACU